CACUGCACUGCAAGAAUUAAAGAAUUGAAAAUUAUCUGAUUCUGACAGCUGUUAAGAAUUAAAAUCUGGUACUGAUAAGCCGACAAAUAUCAAAACAUCGUAUUGGUUCGUAAAUUGAUGUCAAAAUGGCUUCAACGGUGGAAGAACUCGAGUUGGAAAUUUCCAAAUUGCGAUUAGAGUUGCUAGAAAAGGAAAAACUUCUUGCAAAAUUGAAGAGCAACAAGGAUGACCUCGACCACCUCACCACCGAAGACAUUGUCCGGUUCAGCAGGCAAAUCAUCCUUCCGCAAAUCGGCGUUUCAGGGCAAACGGCUCUGAAAAACGCCCGAAUUUUGGUGGUCGGCGCGGGCGGGCUGGGCUGUCCGGUGAUGCUGUACCUGGCGAAGGCCGGAGUUGGUCGUAUCACAGUGGUCGACAGCGACCACGUCGAAGUGAGCAACCUGCACAGGCAGACGCUGCACUCGGACGCCACCAUUGGCGUCAGCAAGGUGCAGUCCGCCUUCCGCUUCUUCGCGCAGGACAACGGCUACACGGAAAUCGUGCCGAUAGAGCAGAGGUUCACGCCGCUAAACUCGGACAGCCUGGUCGGCCAGUGUGACGUCGUCGUCGAUGCCAGUGAUAAUAUUGGAACCAGGUAUUUGUUGAAUGACGCGUGCGUGAAGCACAAAAAGCCGUUGGUGUCGGGCAGUGCCCUCGGUCUGGAGGGUCAGGUGACGGUUUACAACGCUAAUGUGGAAAAAGACGGGUGCCUAGUGAAAGGGCCGUGCUACCGCUGCCUCUUCCCCGUGCCGCCGACCACGACCAACAGUUGCAGCGAGGCUGGGGUCCUUGGCGCAGUUCCUGGUUUGAUUGGCCUGAUCCAGAGCAUCGAGGUGAUCAAGUUAAUCGUUAAUUGGCCCGGCAGCAAAUCGCUAGCAGGACGAAUGAUUAUUCUGGACGCAAGCGACAUGUCCCUGAGGACCGUUAAAUUGCGCUUGGCUAGUGAAAAGUGUCCGGCGUGUGGACCAAAACCUGAGGCCAAACUGCCUUAUUACGUCGAAAUGUGUGGAGAGGACGUGCCAGUUACCCUUUUAAAAGACGAGGAAAGAGUGACGCCAACCUUCGUCCAAAAAGAAAAACCAAAUCUACUCCUAAUCGACGUUCGGUCAAAAGGCGAGUUCGGAAUGUGCGCCAUCGAAGGCUCGGUAAAUCAUCCUUACAACGAUUUCGAAACCCGACUGAAAGACAUCAAAACCAGCGCUGACCUCGCCAAGGAGGGAAAGGAAAACUUCAAAGUUUGUUUCGUCUGUCGGAGGGGAAACAACAGUCAACUAGCGGCAGCGCGCUACAAGGAAGAAUUCCCUGAAGACGCGGUGGUGGACAUGAAAGGCGGGCUGCACAACUGGGCCAAAGUGAUAGACCAACGCUUUCCGGUUUAUUAAGAAAGACUAUACUUUUAUUCAGACGAUGAAAAUAUGCGGGACAAUGACAUUAAAAUCACCUUUUCUUUACA